UUUUGAUAAACCGAUAACAACAAAGACCUGUCAGAAGACACUAGAUGAUCCUAGAUUCAAAUUCAACGAAGAACUGAACUUCAUUUGAUCAAAGCUCAGCUAGGACAAUAAUAACGACCUGGACAUAAUAUAGAGUUAUAAAAGUGGUUAUAUAUAAUUACAAAAGGAUAAUGGUGUAAAGCGAUUAUGUUGACAAGUUUACAAAAGUAUUUGUGAUGUUUUGAUAAUAUAUAUUCAGCUUUUAUUUUAAUGCAGUGUAGUGAAACAAAAAUUUAAAACUUUUUGCAGAAAUGUCAACAUUGACUCUUUGUUCAUUUAACAUGGGGUCCACAGAAGAAGAAACAGUGAUGGAAAACAAGAGGAAAGUAGUCAUAGCCAUGGAUGGGAGUGAGCAUGCUAUGUAUGCAUUAAACUGGUACAAAGAAAAUGUCCAUAGAUCAACUGAUUACGUGUACCUGAUACAUUCCAUAGAACUUCACCACGUGCUUCAUAACUCAAAAUGGCAGUAUUCUCCACAACAUAACAACAUUGAAACUGUAGGACCAUUGAUAAAAGAAGAACAUGUAAUUAUCCAAAAUAAAUUGGAAAAAUUCUCACAGCAACUGAAAGAUCUCCAGAUUGAUGGUGAGGCUAAACCAGUUGAAGCAAAAAGCGCGGGAGAAGGGGUUGUGCACGAAGCAAAUGAACUGGGUGCCAAUGUAAUCAUUACUGGUACCCGAGGAUACGGGAAAGUUCGUCGCACAAUUCUAGGGAGCGUUAGUGACUAUAUCAUACACCAUUCUUCAGUGCCUGUAAUUGUUUGUCAUAAAAAGAAAGAAAAACAUUGAAACGUAAAGAAUGAAUCCAGUUUGUUUUCAUGAAUUAACAGGGUCGUGUUAUGAACAUAAAACAGCACAAGAAUAUAGUCCAUAACACUUGGCAUUAAAUCAAAGCUUUGAAUGCCAUUAUUUGAAAGUGAUUUCUGAAUGUAAUGAAAUAUCACUACCAAUCUUAUUUACCCAUUAUCAUGUCUAGCAUUUACUGUAUACAAUUAUCCGAGUUUUUUAUUACUUAGAUGUAUCAAAUGAAUCCUUGGUGAAUUGUAUUUACUUUUUCAUGAUUCUCGAAAAUAAAAUGAUAAUUUCUAA